ACCUUCAACAUGUCAGAAAGCAACAACAAUAAUAACAAGGAACACAUCCCAACCACCAACGAAGAACCCCAAGAGCAAGAAAGCAAAGGCUCAGGAGGACUUCUCUCUCCUCUUGGUGACCCACUCGGCAAAGCCCUCAACAAAGGCCUUCGGCCCAUCGGUGCGCCAUUAGAGAAGAUCACAGGCCCCCUCGGCAACGCUGUGGGCGGCACCACCCGAGGUGCCGUGGGCCCCCUCCUCGGCAAUCAGGAAGAGCGGAUGGAGGUUCUGGGCGGUGAUAACAAGGAUAGCUACGAGUCUAAGCCCGAGAAGAUUGCAGGCAAAGAACAGACUGGGGAUAACCCACUUGGAUUGGAUCAGACUGGGCGAUGGGGAUUCAGGGAUGAGUAGGCUUGACGUAGGAGGAACAUGUUGUAAGAGUAUGACCGGUUUCUGGGAAACUAUGCAUCACGCAGUAGAUGCAACUAAUGAGAAA